CACAGCGAACAUAACUUAACAAUAAAGCAAUCAUGUGUGACGACGAACUAGCAGCCUUGGUGGUGGACAAUGGAUCCGGUAUGUGUAAGGCCGGAUUUGCUGGAGAUGAUGCCCCCCGUGCUGUAUUCCCUUCCAUUGUUGGUCGACCUCGUCACCAAGGAAUCAUGGUAGGUAUGGGACAGAAAGACACAUACGUAGGUGAUGAGGCUCAGUCUAAGAGAGGUAUCCUCACUCUAAAGUACCCUAUUGAGCAUGGUAUUGUGACCAACUGGGACGAUAUGGAGAAGAUCUGGCACCACACCUUUUAUAAUGAGCUGCGUGUCGCCCCCGAGGAGCACCCUGUUCUCCUUACUGAGGCUCCCAUGAACCCCAAGGCCAACAGAGAGAAGAUGACUCAAAUCAUGUUCGAGACCUUCAACACUCCCGCCAUGUAUGUGGCCAUCCAGGCUGUACUUUCUCUGUACGCAUCUGGACGAACCACCGGUAUCGUGCUAGACUCUGGCGAUGGUGUAUCUCACACCGUUCCAAUAUACGAGGGCUUUGCCCUACCCCACGCUAUCCUACGUCUAGAUCUCGCUGGACGUGAUCUUACUGACCACAUGAUGAAGAUCCUUACGGAGCGAGGAUACUCCUUCACCACUACCGCUGAGCGUGAAAUUGUGCGUGACAUAAAGGAGAAGCUCUCUUAUGUUGCUCUUGACUUCGAACAGGAGAUGCAGACCGCAGCUUCAUCAUCGACUUUAGAAAAAAGCUACGAAUUACCUGAUGGACAGGUUAUAACCAUUGGUAACGAGCGUUUCCGUUGCCCUGAGGCACUUUUCCAGCCCUCAUUCUUGGGUAUGGAAUCCCGUGGUAUCCACGAGACCACCUACAAUUCUAUCAUGAAGUGUGACGUUGAUAUUCGUAAGGAUCUAUACGCCAACACGGUGCUCUCCGGAGGAACUACCAUGUUCCCAGGUAUUGCAGAUCGUAUGCAGAAGGAGUUAACCGCAAUGGCACCUUCCACUAUGAAGAUCAAAAUCAUCGCACCCCCAGAGCGCAAGUAUUCGGUUUGGAUUGGUGGCUCCAUCUUGGCGUCGCUUUCCACGUUCCAGCAGAUGUGGAUCUCCAAAGAGGAAUAUGAUGAGGCCGGUCCAUCUAUUGUUCACCGCAAGUGUUUCUAAUUGUGUAGUGCAUAGGCUAUAUUGAGAGAGGGUAUGCUCACUGUGUGAUCAGCUCAAACUUGUAAAUUUGAUUCUCUGAUAUACAAAAAUUAAAAUUAAAAAUCGC